GCCGAUCACUUUAUUGCAGGGCAGCAGUCAGUAACACACGAGGAAGCGCAUAGCGUUAACAGCUACAGGCAACAGAUUGGCGCUAGGCGCGCGUUCGACGAGGUGGCUGUACACAACCUUGUUGUUGUUAGCCGACAUGGCGUACUGUGCCGCCCUCGAGAUACGCACGAGACUACGUUACUUGGGAGAUUCAUCGUGCGAGAAUACUGACAUACGUGCUGAACAGGCGCCCUCUGUGAGACAAGGCGAUUGGCGACAUAUACGGCCGCGCUUCGAAGGCUCUUGGUCGAAGAAUGGAUCACUUACGUGUGGUCGCACAACUCUCUUCUAUCACAAAGAUCGUGGAUCCGUGACAGGCUGCGAUCCGAGCCUUUCAGCAGCCAUAUUCGACGUGGCUGCUAGCAACCCCUGGACUGCCCCGCCUCAAGUCUUUUGGUCGCCGUUCAUAAAUCCAAGGAUGCUUCCUAAUCGGAUUGCUUGCAGGCUCACUUCAUCGCUCCCCCUAGUACUCUAUAUCACCUGUGCUUCCUUGUUUGUGAGGGUGCCCCUCGUCCGGCUCGACUUCGGGACCGAACCUUCAUCUCGUGGCCUCCGAGCAGGGCUAAGCGACCAGGAUCAAAGGGAGAAAAGCAAGACGUCUCGGCCAGGGAGGAAACGCCUCGACUUUCAUCAAACCGUGUCAAUAACUCAAGGCAAACGGUUUCUUUGGGACUAACAUGGCGUCUCAUUUAACCUUGGCGUCUCGGCAAGAUGGCACACAAUCUUGAGCAGGAUGAAGGCGCCAAAGCUUACGCUAACUCAACAAAAGAAGCCAUUCUUCACCAGGAGCCCGGUGACCAUCUCCUCCUGGCCGCCUUCAGCGGGCUUCCGCCAAUGUGAAGGCUCUUUUCCCGAGUCUGCUUCCUUGGCGAUGAAGGGCGACUGAUUUCGAACCGGGAGAGAGCACGCACAGCCAUCAAUCAAAGAAGCCCUAUCGGCCCUCAAGAGGCCACGGUAGGGAUGAUGCUCGCCUUCCAGUCGCUCCUUUUACGGAU